UUAAGUCGGGAAAGAAUGCGCAAAAUCGCUCCCCUGAUCGUUCAAUUUUUUUCUAAACCAAUACGAAUUAAUUACAUUGACGAUCCAACGGGAAAAUAAUCCCCAGAACUGGGGAAAAAUAUUAUCAUCCAGAUUCCUAUAUUUAUUAGAGCCAGAUUUUACAACGGCCAAUAUACUGACACAACUGCUGAGAACUGCAUUUUCUACUAGCAAAUUGAACACUUACAAGUGCUUGUCAAAAUUAUGGAUUUACUUGGAUCCAUUCUCAACUCCAUGGAAAAACCUCCGACAUUCAGUGAUAAACAGAAAGCGUUAAUCAAGAAGCAACGAGAAGAACAAGAAAAACGACAAAAAGCAGAAGCCGACAAACUCAAACAGUUUCGUGAACAAAUUGAACAGAAAAUUAAUAAAUUUCUCAAGGAUGAAAAGCUGAAGGAAUAUAAAUUCGCACCGAUGGAGAAAGUUUACAGAACAAUUGUGCAUGAUGUUGCGGAAGUAGCUAGCGUGUGGGCCUACUCGUUUGGCGAAGAAGGCAUCGACAGGCAUAUUAUGAUAUUCAAAAGGGAGUACGCCCCAUCAGAGGACCAGUUGAACGCUCUUCGUAAGGGUGAAGAAUGGAGCCUAGAGAUUGCCAAAAAAUUGCAAAUGGAUAGAGAGAGACAGAUUAAAGAGGAUGCUGAAUGCAUUAAAAAUCGUAAGCGAAAGAAUGACUUUGUGCCGAAUUUCAACUACAAGGACAAGUACGAGCACUUGAUUGGAAAGGAAUCAGCACUUGAGGCCGCAAGGAAGACUGUAUCUAGUAGUAGUUACGGUGUUGUUCCCAGUGAAAACAAAAAAGAUCAACGAAGUAUAGAGCAAACUUUAGCUGAUAUUAGAGCCAAAAAGAGAAAAAUCGAAGCAGCGAAUGAGCAGACAGAAAUGAAAGGAUAAUUCGCUUAAAUAUUUUGCCUGUCAAUAAUUUUUUCAGUAUUUUUCAAAGAUAAUUAACCCAUUGUACAUAUUUAUAAGUAGAUUGUAUUUCCAAAAAACCAUUACCCUGCACAAAUA